UUCUUGAUCGGAGGUGGGCGUGGCUUCCAGGCGCAGUCUCAGUUAACUGCAGAGCUCAACGCGGAAGACAACAAGAAGCUCCGGGUUUCUAAGUGACGUCGAACAAGCAGAGGCAAGUUACUCAGGAUUCUAUUGUGACACCUGAUGUGUGUUUGUCAUUAGGCUCUACACCAAAACCAUGUGGCCAAAUCAAGGUCCUCCCCAUUCAGUGCCUCCACCAAACCCAGCCUUUGCCCCUGGCUACAACCCUGCAUAUCCUCCUGUGCCUCCAGCAGGAGUCUUUCCUCCACAACCAGUAUACCCAGCUGGUCAGUACCCAGCUGGUCAGUACCCAGCUGGUCAGUACCCAGCUGGUCAGUACCCAGCUGGUCAGUACCCAGCUGGUCAGUACCCAGCUGGUGGGAAUGUCGCCAUGGGACCACAUGGAGCUCCAGGAAUGAUGCCAUAUGGAGCACCUGGAGCUCACCCGUAUCCCAUGGCUCCAGGUGGAGUUCCAGGAGUCCCACAUGCUGGUGUUCAUCCAGGUCACUACCCACACUCUCCAAAAGGGGGGCACCACAAAGGGGGGCACCACAAAGGGCAUCAUCAUGGAGGAGCCAUGCCAAUGGGUGGAGUAGUAGCGGGUGGGGUUGCAGGAAUGGGAAUUGGGCUGGUUGGACAUAAAGCCAAUAAGAAGAUGAAGAAAAAGAUGAAGAAGGCUCAUAAACAAAAGCAUGGACACAAACAUGGCAAGUCCUCCAGCAGCAGCAGCAGCAGCAGCAGCAGUAGCAGUGACUAAGCACGAAGGCUUUCAACUCCACACCCAGCAUCUAAGAAAAGUCUUCCAGAAGUGCAAAUGAUCUAUAACCAAUACACGUAAAAGAGAUAUGUUGUUAGAAUACAAAACAAGCGUUUUAAAGUACUUAAGUUACAAAGCAAAAAAGGCAAGGUCACACUGCUUUUGUGGAUAUCAUAUGAAAUUUAUGAAAUAUAUGUGAUUGUUUUUUGGUCAGUUAGUUUGUGUAAGAAAAAGGCGUGUCUUAAAUGAAUCCAUAAUAAAGUACAAGGAUAUUUGAAAGACGAUGUAUGGAAAAAUGUGUUAAACUUGCAAUGUGUUAAAGAAUGUGCCCACUUUAAUGUGUCUUUAUUUUCUAUUUCACUUGCAUUAACUUCGGUUUUGUUUUCCUGUUGCCUCGGAUCUGACCAUAAAACUGGUAAUUUAUUGUAGAAAAACCAUAUAAAAUAUAGAAUUUAAUUAAAAGCAAAAAUACUAUCAUUGAAUGUGUAGAAAGGUGGAAGAAAAUCUAAUUUGUGCAUUUAAGUCUGUACUUGUUUUAAAAAUUACUUUUGAAAACAUUUGUGGUCAGGAUUACAGAAGGGUGGAUCAAAAUGCACAAAAUCCUUUCUUGUAACUUAAGCUGCAUAAUCAUGUUGAUCUAUUAUAUAUUUUUAAAGAAUAUAUUUUUUGUUGUUACAUUAGACGUCUGAUGCACGCAGCGCAUUUUGUUUUAUUUUGAAAAUAUACUAAGUUGCCUUUUGUCAGAAAAGUCUAGUUACAUUCACUACUGUAGGAUGCAGCAGAAAAAAUAUUUCAUUCCACUUUGAAAGUCGGUUUAUGUCAAAAUGAUUGUGACUGUUCACCUAACACUAUUUCAUCAAUAAAAUAUGUUUAUAUCCACGGU